ACUGGCGACGGUUUGAAACUUCAGUUUGUUUUCAUUGUUUUGAAAUUUGUAAACUGCGAAAUUGAAAUAAGUUUUACUGUUAUUUAUGCCACUGGCGAUAAAAAAUGGAAAAUUCGAUUAACGAAAACGAAAUACAACAAUCUAUACGGUCGCCCCCGCGACGUAGACGAUCAACGUUUUUUGAGAGAAGAGAUUCUUUGGGACCACAAUUUUUGUCAGGAAGGUUGGAGCAAAGUGUAGCUAAGAAAGAUACAGAUAUAAAUGAGAAACAUAAUCAAGAACUUCAAAGUUAUUACGAAAAACUUUUGUCUGAAAAAGAGCAGUGGAAAAAAGAAGUUAACAAUAGGAAAAAUAAAUAUCAUGACCUAAGAUUGCAGUAUCAAUUAGCAGUAAAAUCAUCAAGUAAAGCCAAGAUAUGUUAUUCUGCAUUAACAAAUGAAGACAUAGAAUUUUUGAAAGGCAAAGUUAACAUAACAAAACUGAUUGACAGCCAAAGAAAACUACACAAAUCAGUUAGAGAAUCCCAUGCUUUAUUUAAAAGGGCAGCAGAACUGGAUAAUGUUAUAUUAAGUCAUUGUGAAGACAAAAUUAAGCAAAUUAAUGAAUAUAUUCUUGAUAACAGUUCUAUAGAACCAAAAACAUAACAGUAAUUAGACAUUUAUUAACAGUCAUCAUUAAAUCAAAUCUAUUAAAAUAAAUAGCAAGAAAUAGAUGUCAUUUAAACAGAGUGAGUUAUGAAAUGGGAUGCCAUUUAUUAUGUAUAUAUUAAAGUGUACAUAAUUAAAAAAUAGUUAAUUUUUAUAACUUAUAAUUUAAAUUCUG